AUGGACGAGGAGAAGACGAGUUGGAAGCCCAAAGACGGUGGUGGUGCGCCGGCCAGGCGGGUGGAGUUCCAGCUCGCGAAUCAGGGACGCUGGCCCGUGAAUAUCUCGGCAGAGAAAACUGACAACUGUGAUGUCAACGAUGCACAUUUCAUAUGGGACAAUGAGUACAUGCUGGGCAAGAUGGUCAGUAUUGCUGUACGCGAGCGCCGCGUAUUACCCACCAGGACCUACCAGCAUGUGCAAUUUUCCUGCUUUGUCCAGCGGAAGCCCUUCUUUUACCUUGUGAACGUCUCCCUGCCCAACAUGCUCUUUGCCUUGAUGGCGGGCGUACAGUUCUUCGUGAGCUUGGACAAGGUAGCCGAGCGUGCGGGAAUUUCCUUGACCUUGCUACUGGUUUGCGCCUCCUACUACCAGUUCUCCGCAUCACUCAGGCCUCGCAUUGGGUAUUUCACCAUCUUGGACGAGCAUUCCCUGUGCUGCAUCUGGCUGGUCAUUGUCAUGGUCUUCUGGGUAGGCAUCAUUACCAGUGUAAGAAACAACCCUGAGACCGUGGAACUUGUCGCUGCAUGCUGCUUCUGUGGAAUCUGGUUCCUCAUGCACUGCUUCUUUUUGGUGCGAUUCUGGACGGCCUGGCGGCUAGCUAAAGCAUUCCUGGCCCAGCCCUUAAAGGAAGACGACAGGCAGGCCAAAGCCAUUCUGUGCAAGCAAAGCACCACAUCAGCGUUCUAUCCCGAGGCCUCUCGGGCCAGCCGGUCCCUCACGCGCGUGGUGAAGGUCGCGCCGACACCGAAGCCGAAGCCGCGCAUGGCAUUCUCAAGAUCGAAGUCAUUUACUUGA